AUGGAAGUUGAAUUGAGUUGUCUAUCGCACCUCUUUGCUGGCGCAUCCCAUCUGCACCGCUCUCCUAACCACUUGCCCAACCCGCCCGACUCUGCACCACGCGGAUCUGGUGAUUUCACACGACACACCGCAAACCGCAAACCGCAAACCGCGCGCCUUUCCGCACUGCACCACACAACAUCAUGCCGUACUUCACACCGAACUCUACACCACACACACCAGCACACCACUCUAGGCCUAACCACUGACGCGCCGACUACCCAUGCACAAAGCUUCUGGCAACCCCCGUUCACUUGGUUCUGCUGUCUUUCAGAGCACUCGGCUGACCAGCUCAUCGGCGGACAGCCGUCGGUAGAGUUUCACGAGACCAAUCCGCUGGGGCAACUGGGCCAUCAGGGCGUGUCUGGUUCGCGUAACCAUCUUGUCUCCUCCAAUGUCUACUAUCCUGUUGUUGGGUCUGUCUCGUCUGGGGCGCAUCAACUUCCGCCGGCCCCACCUCCUCCUCCACCCCCUCCUCCCCCUCCGCCUCCACCUCUGCCGCAUCUCCCCACCAUGGCAACAUCUACAGCCGGUGAGAGCAACUUUUUCGCCACUCCCGAUGCGUUCGGCCAGGUUUCCGGCUGUUCGACCGGCCUUGCCGGCAUAUCAGGACCAUUCUUCAGCUACACAGCCGCCAACCAGGCCGUCCUAGCACCAGACCUUCAAGGGGCGGGUGACUCUGCUCCGUUGAGCCUCUAUCCGACCGGGCAGAACCGACGAGCCUACCAAACCAGUCAAAUGUCGAUGCAGUCAACUCGGCGCCAGCACGACUCGCAGAACUCUUACCUGCCCGGUUGUCAGGCGACACAUUUGCAAGUUCAGCCCGUCCACGGGGUCGAGGGUUCAGCUCGUCUGGAGAUACCAAUCUUUGUCGAGGCCGGUGCUAGGACCACAGGCAUUGGCAACCAUCCCGCCGGCGCGAUGGCGACAGGAGUGGAGACGCAGGUCCAUCGGACCUCUAGUUUUGCCCCAACCUUACCAAAUAGUUGCACAGCCAGUGUUCUCCCACGAGAACUGGCUGGUACAGCAGGUGCUUCAUUCUUCGGCCCCAGCCUGGAGGCCGGGCUCGCCUCGAAGUCGUCGGUGCCCGGCUCGGCCGGCGUCAACUUCAUCACCGUGCACCAACCGAUCACAAUGGCGGCCAGGCAUCUGGCCAGUCAGGGUGGCUCGGGUGCUGGCCUCGGAGUCGGAGGCGGAGGCGGACUGAUCAUUUCAGACGCCGGUUUUGCCGAUUCCGGCUUUGGACCCGCCUACAACGGCCUCCAGCAACCGCUAGCCGGAGCAGAAGAGUCGGCUGCAAGCACGACGACCACGCAUCGACGCUACAAUCCGGCCACGGGCAAAAUGGAAACGGUGUACACAACUCGGACACAGUCGGCCUCGAACUUGUCGACGCGACAGAGCGAAACAAACCUUAUGGAGACCGAUCAAGGGUUAAGGGACAACGAGGAGGCAGACGAAGUACACAUUAAAAGGACGAAAACUAUUAAAAGUUAG